UUAAUAAAAGGAAUUGGAAGAAUCGAUUAUAUCGACAUCGACAUCGAUAUUUAUCCACCUCUACUGGUCACUUCUUCAAACCGUCAAUUGUUCAAUAUCCCGCAGCUCCACCAACAGCUCCAAACAGCUCCACCGCUACUACUCACUCGGAACGGUUGUGUUUUCGCGCUCCGCUGCUGGCAUUAGUGAAUUGUUUUUUAUUAUUUUUUUUUGUAGUUAGUUUCUGUACGGCUCUCGGCCAGGCGGCGUCGCCAGCCGUCCAUUAGAUACUCCAUUUGCCUGUACUCCGUCCGCUAUUUUACGGCCGUACUUAAUCUUAUCGCAAAUCAAACCGCGGGCAUGAGUCGAAGCGCAAAGUGUAAUUGAAUUUCGGCAGCAGUUCGAUUUCGCAAACCCCUCUCCCCCCAGAGAGAGAGAGAGACCUAAUCCCACCCAGAACUUAAGCCAAGCCAAGGACAAAGGACCAUCCCAAAAAUCGAAAGCCCAAAGAUGCCCGUGAAGACGGUGAAUCGCCAGCAGAGCCAAUCGCCUGCCCAGCAGCUCCAGAUGCAGCAGCAGCGGGAUGUGGAGACGGGGCUGUACCCCACCAUACCGCCGGAGCGCCGAUCGCCGCCCUCACGCCCGCAGACUCUGCGCCAGGACACCGUCGACAUGGAGGAGAUCCCGCUGAACCAGACUAACGGCUCCCAGGAGCCGGAGGAUCGCCGCAAGAUGCGCGAGAUCUUCGACAAGCACGACUCGGACCGCGAUGGCAUGAUCAACACCCACGAGCUGAAGGAGCUCAUCUCGAACGGCUAUUGCCGGGACAUACCCGCCUACAUUGCCGCCCAGAUCCUGAAGCGCGCCGACCAGGACAAUGACGGCCACCUGGACUUCGAGGAGUUCUACACCAUGUCGCUGCACCACAAGUGGAUGAUUCGCAACCUCCUCACCCGUUACUGCCGCUACGUGGUGCCGCCACCCAAGCCGCUGGAGGGCGAUGAGCCGGACGGCGCCUACGAGAAGCAAAUGUCCAUCUGCCCGCCGCCCCUCACCAUGGUGCUCUUCUCGAUAAUCGAGAUCAUCAUGUUCCUGGUGGACGUCAUUCAUUUCCAAGACGACCCCAACCACCAGGACAGGAUUGGUGAGAGCACCAGCGGCCCGGCGGCCACGCUGUUCAUCUACAAUCCCUACAAGCGGUACGAGGGAUGGCGCUUCGUCAGCUACAUGUUCGUCCACGUGGGCAUCAUGCAUCUGAUGAUGAACCUGAUCAUCCAGAUAUUCCUCGGCAUUGCCCUCGAGCUGGUGCAUCACUGGUGGCGCGUGGCGCUCGUGUACCUGGCGGGUGUGUUGGCCGGCUCCAUGGGCACCUCGCUGACCAGCCCGAGGAUCUUCUUGGCGGGAGCCUCCGGCGGAGUGUACGCCCUGAUAACCGCCCACAUUGCCACGAUCAUCAUGAACUAUUCGGAGAUGGAGUACGCCAUCGUCCAACUGCUGGCCUUCCUGCUGUUUUGCUUCACGGAUCUGGGCACCUCAGUGUACCGCCACCUGACCGACCAGUACGACCAGAUCGGGUACGUGGCGCACCUGUCUGGCGCCGUGGCCGGCCUGCUGGUGGGCAUUGGGGUGCUGCGGAACCUGGAAGUGCGUCGCUGGGAGCGCAUUCUCUGGUGGGUGGCCGUUAUCGUUUACUUCGCCCUCAUGACCACCGGCAUCAUCAUACAUGUCUUUGUGCCGGACUACUUCCCCAAGCAGGAGUACAACUAGCCAUUCUAGCCGCUAGCUGCUAGCUGUUAGCCGUUAGCCCUAAGGUCCCCCUAGCUAUGUAUAGCCUUUCUAGCCCAUCCAAAGUGCGCUUUUGGGAUGCGGAAACACGCACACAGUACAGAUCCGAGGAACGCUCCCAACGCCGACCAUGUGCCUACGUAAUUUAUUCUCCCCCAUUCGUACCGUACAUCGAUCGCAGGUGUAUCGCAGGUGCCUAUAAUUAUAUAUUAAUGAUAUAUAUAUAUAUAUAUCUUCGAUCUACAUGACGCCGCGAAAUGAUGCUGGAACCGACACUGACCCAAACCUCAGUUGCAUUUCGUCGAUUUUUAUUCUAUAAUCUUUUUUGAAAAAAAAAA